AGUGUGAGCCUCUUGUUGAUAUGAACAGCGGUGUAUCUCUAAUUCCCGUAGUUUGCCCCGAUGACGAUAAAGGAGUUAGGAGUCUAGCUAUGUCAGAUGAAAAUGAGCGAUUUACUGUUGCACCUGAGACGUCGCGACAUUUAGUUCAUUCAAUAAAUGAUUCGCCCGUUUCAAGUAUUUACACUGAUGAAGACGUCGAGAAUGAUGCAAGUUUAGCAAUUGGAGCAACUGUUGCAGCGAUAUGUGCCACACGUGAUGGUAGCAUAGAAAUUAAUGAUUACUCAGGAUCGUCAUUGGUCAGAACCAUGGCCAUCAGAGGAAUAUCCAUCAGGCAAAGAAAUGACUUCAGAGGAAUUAAAACAGGCGAUUGUAUCGAUGAUGUUAAGAAAAGAUGAAGUUGAAGAACGUAACAGGUUGUAUUAUCGUCCUUCGUUUAAUAUUAACAUUCCAUUCGAAUAUACACUAUUUUGCCCUGAUUUUUCCUUCGAUCAUCUUUCCUGUAGAUCGUUACAACAACAUUUGGAAAA